ACAAUUGUUUGACAUAUCCAUUAAUCGGUACAUAGUUUAUAGAAUGUUCGUCUUAUUAGGCGAAUUAAAUUUUUGGACUUUUGAUAAUGACGUUAAUAUUAAAGAAAUAGAUUUUGGUACUUACAGCUAUCAUGAUAAAAAAAUUGACAAUAUUUAUGAAGAGGGUAAAAGAUCAUAUGCCCAAAAGCGAGGGAUGGUCUGCGUUCCACAGAAUAAGAAAGGAAACAAGAUGAAAGAUUCUAUUAAGUAUUUAGAGGAACAAUUAAAAGAACAUUCAACCAUAUAUUGUCAAUGGUUCGAUUACUGUACCAUGCAAAUUAUGCUUAGUUCCGGUUUAUUGAUAUACGCACAAGUUGAUCUUCGUUCGGGAGAUAUUCAAAAAAUAAUAUUUGAUAAAUAUUUAGUUGGAAAACUAUCCGAGCGUUUAUCGGACGUUAUUAUAACAAAAAACUACUUAAUUUGUACAUACAACGACAGUCAAGUUACAUUGGUAAAUUUUUUUAAAUCAAAGAAAAAUAUUUUUGAUAAAAUAAGCAGUUUGGAUCCCAAAGUAUCGACAUUUGAUCUUUGUGGGCCUAGCGGCCGUCGAUUAGAAAAGAAAAUACAUCAUAAUAAAACAGAAGACUUGAUUUUAAUAUGGUGGAAGUCUACCAUGAACGAAGUUUAUCCAUGGAGUCCGACUGUGAAAGAGCAUGAUCGUGCAAAUGUUCAUCUUUAUAGGCUUACAGGUACAAAAUUGGAGUUGUUGUGCUACCUCUGGACAGAAUUUGAUCCUUUAUGUAUAUUAUUUAACACAAAUUAUGAUAAUAUCAUUCAUUCUUUAGAACAGAAAGUUUCUCGAAAGGGAGAAGUCACGGUUGAAUGGCGAACAUACGAAGUUUCACAAAAUGAUAAGUUGCAAAGGAUAGCUGUAGUUUCUGUGCCAUUGCCAACUCAUACGAGUUGUGUAAGAUUUUCACCGAAUCAAGAAAUGUUAUUGUUAUGUUGUAUCGAUGGUUCUAUAAUAAUUCAUGAUCAAAUUAAAGGCACUAACAACACUGCAAAAACAGCAUUUAUACCUACUUUGGCUUGCUGGCACAGCGAUGGAAAUGUCUUUGCUGUUGGUAACGAGCGAGGGCAAGUGCAGCAUUUCGAUAUUGCCUUAACUUGUGUUAAAAGUCAAAUGUUAAGUGAAGACAUUGCACCUUCUAAUAUUAUCGAUUUAUCUUCGUAUUUUAAGGUGCAACCUGCUCUUAUAAGAUUAGAAUGGAACAAAAAAAGUGAACCUAAUGCUUUUGUUGACUAUUAUAAUCAUGGAGAUUCACUAUUCUUCUUGUUAUUUGAAAAAGGUCCUGUUGCAAUCAUUAAAAUAAUUGAAGGAAAGAAUUUUUCUGGCGAUGUCUUAAUACAAAGAUAUUUAGCUGUAUCACAAGUUCAGCAAGCAACUUCGUUACUUCUGACAAUGAAUUGGGAUUUGAAUCCACAUGUUUGCAUGCACUCGUUAAAUCAAAUUAUAAAUUAUCUUUUCAAGCUACCUCUAACACCAGAACGAGAAAAUCUCAUUCAAAGUGCCUUAGGAAGUUUUCACGUCCCGGUUAAACCAAUGAGUCAGUCGGUCAUUAAUGAAUAUGGGGAUGAAGUAAGAGAUUUAACACGAAGAUUUUUUCAUCAUCUCUUAAGGCACAGGCUGUUUGAAAAAGCGUUCCGUUUGGCUAUCGAUUUAAACGACCAUGACCUUUUUAUGGAUAUACAUUUUUACGCGAUUGUAUUAAAAGACACUGAAAUGGCAAUCGCAGCUAAAGAAAAAGCUGAUGAAAUAAUAAGUAUAUGCACCAGUUGCAGUAGCUCGCAUUCAACGUGCUCGCGGCCUUCGUGCUCCCUUUGCUCAGACUCUGGCAGUGACAAAGAUGAAUCGUAUACCGAAGAUACUGAAAGUGAAGAAUCUCCAAAGAAUGAAAAAGUCCAUAUCAAACGUUCGUCUAAACACAAAUAUUCUAAAAAUCUACACAGUCAAGCACCACCGCUUCCUAUUCUUUAUCCUCCUAUUCACAAUAGCGAAUUUAUAUCUACACCUUCUAAUGAAGCUAUCGAUAAGACUGAAAAUAAUACAAUGUCCACGUCAUUUAAUGUACCGAAUUCGGCCUCCUAUAAUUGCUCUGUGCCUAAUUUUAUUACAAACUCGCUUUUAACUUCGGUUCCCUUCAAUUCAAGUUACAGUCAAUCGAUACGAAGCUACGAUAAUUUAAUAUCUCCAUUUCAAAAUCUCUCACUUAUGAAUCAAUUAACGCCGAGCAUCGCACAGUCAUCACUCAACAGCAUGUCGUUAGAAAAUAUUACAAAUUCAUAUCAAAUGGGUAAUUUUAUGUCAAAUUCUCUAACCAAUGCAUUUGAACCUAAAUCCAUUGAAGCCACAUCAAGCUUAACACUAUUUUCCACAGACAAUACAAAUAGUAAUGUAAUGACAACAUCGUUUAGUAAUCAUUUGUCAAAUGCAGACUCUACUUUGCACAAUGACACGUAUCUAGCUGCCGAAUUUGACAAUAAUGAUAAGAAACCAAACGGACUAACAGUAGUAAACAGUGUUAAAACCAAUCCGUCCACAUUGCUAUCCAAUCCUCUAACCCCUAUUCAAUCCGACAAUGCAUUGGUUACUGUAAAUCCAGUACCAUCGACAUGCAUCGACCCUCCUUUAUCAUUAUUUAAUUCUGGAAGUAAUCUCAUGUCAACAUCGUUCAAUAAUCCAGAAGAUCCCAAUGACGAUGCCAAUUCAAAUUCAUGCGAUAGCAGUGCGAAUAGUAGUUCAGCAUCAAAACAAAAGCAUUCUCUGAUAAAUAUUCCACCACCUCCUCCAUCCAUAACGAAUUCUUUAGCUAAUUACAUUCAUAAUUUGCCAAAGAAAAAUUACGUUUUAUCAAGAAGUGCCGCUGGUUUGACAGAUGUGGACAGUCAAUUAUUGAAACUACAAAAUAUUAAGCCAUUGCAUGCGAUACCCAAUUUGCUACAACAGCAAAAUUCUGUCUCUAAUAUUUUACAAAAUCAUCAUAGGAAUAAUAAUUUCCAAUCGACCCAUAAGUAUAGAUUAGAUUACGAUCUUGAUUAUAUUCCAUUUCAUAACAGUUGUGAUAAUCUAAAUAUAUUACAUUCCAAUACCAGUCAUAUAAAAACAAAUAGCUAUAGUAUACCAUCUAAAUCGUAUGAUAGUAAGCAUCAUUUUAAAUUACCGUUCUCUCAGACUAGUACAAAUAUUAAUAUAAAUAAAGACCACAGAUUAUCGUCAAACGUACCACCAUUACCCAUUAUAAAUAGUUCCAACGAUAAAUCGUUUACUCCUUCGAUUACAUCAGCAGAUAUAUCAACGAUUGCAGAGAAGCCAAAAGUAAAAUUUUCAGAUACCGUUACACAUAUUUUAGUGCCUAAUUCCGGACCAACGUAUAGGCCACUUCCGAAACGUACAGGAACACAAAUUCACCCUAUGGAUUCUAAACGAGAAUUGGCCGAAAGUUUACCGCUUUGCUUAGGAAACGAUGAUUAUCUUAAAAAUUUUCAACCCUUAUCAAAAGAAUGUGAGAAAGCAAAAGAAUCUUCAAAGGCUGAAGAAACUGCUAAAAUCAAAGUUGUGCACUUUGGGCUUUUAUAGUAUUCAAUUUAU